AUGGCUCUCAAAUCUGGAUAUACAAUUAUUUGGCUUGAUGCCCAUAUUGGCUCAAAAGAUAACUGUCGACAAAUGAAGAAAGAAUUUGAGGUUGGUCUUGUAGAAACAGCAGCUGUACCACCACUUCCAUAUGAUCCAAUCGAUGAUCUUAUAUGUGCUGUGCGUGAAUACAGUGCACCAAUCUUGUUUGUUGAUACACCAAAAGAUGCGUUAGAUCUCAUAGAAAAAAGUCUGGCUUAUAAAAAGGUUAUUUUCAUCUCAUCAGCAACAUUGGGCAAAGAAAUUGUCCCUCAAAUUAAGGAAAAAAAAUUAUCAAUUGAAUCAUACUAUGUUUUCUGUGCAGAUAUAAAAAAGCAUCGUGAAUGGGGUAACGAAUGUAUCGAUGAUGGCUUGGAUAUACAAAUGUUCGAUCAUCAGACAACUCUGUUGACGAGACUCUGCCGAGAUAUGAGCAAGAUAUUACAAAAUGAUGGAAUAGCCCUGUUGAACGCAAACAAACCUGAAUCUGCUUUGAAAUAUUUUGAGUUUGCUUAUGCACUGGCGGAAAAGGCCGUUGAGUGUGAUAAACCUACCAAUGAUUCUGAUACACAUCGUCCAUCUACCAAACAUCGACAAGAAUUAAAUUCUUUGAUAAAAAAAGCUAAACAAGAUUUGGAAUAA